UUGUUUUGAAACGCGGAAGACCCCUUUCUGAAGGCUAAUGGAAAAAAAGGAGCAGUCUCUCCUUUGUUCUGAAGUGCUGGUGAAGUCCCCCCGCCCUCCCCCACCAGUUGCUUCCAUUACAGGGGUUCAGACUUAGCCUGACACCCCAAAUCUCUCCAUGAGGCGCAAGCAUACACAUGCAGACACACUUGCUAUACCCCAUGGAGAGCCAGGUUUAAUGUGAGAAUCCCAAAUACGGCUCAUCAAAAGCAUCUGUGUUCCUGAGCAUGGGCAGAGUGACUCAUCCUCUCCACCCCUGUUCCAGGCUGUGAUGGCACUUGGGAUAGCAUUAAACUCACUUUCCUCUUAGCUUAUAGACCUGCUGGAUUCUAACUGCUUCCUGGAGCACUGUUCAUGCAGGCUGGGGGAUCAUGGGAACUGAAGUCCUGCACAUCUGGGUGGCACCAGGUUGGAGAGGGGAGGUCUCAGUCACUGUGUGUUAGUGGGGGCAAACCAAAGAAGUCCUUUUCUUGCAGGUACCUGGUGUUUUCAGCUGCUUGGAAAUCCCUUUAAUCAACCAUCUUGAUGUGCGAAUGAAUAUAAUAGAAUCUCUAAUCUCUAGCUAGCUGGGAAUGCUGGGAGUUGUAGGAAUUUUUCCCAUCUAAACAGGCAUAGAAUGGUACCCACACUGGUUCACAUAUGGAAAUAGUUCAUAUUUCAGAAUCUUUCUUCCUGAACUAUUCUGACUGCAAAACAUGGAAGGAUGGAUAGAUAAUCUGGAAGCAGUAACAGGGAUCUGUACCUGUGAGGCCUGGGUCUCUAUACAAAGGACUUCCCUCAAUGAAAUAAUCCCUAGCCAGUCGGUGCGCUGGGCUGCCAUCGGAGACACGCUUCCCCUCUCUUCUCGCUUGAGACAUUGCGCCCCUGCGGCCCCGUUUUGCUGUGGCCCAGGAAAAGCGCCACCAUGGCAAGCGACGUCGUGGAGGAUGAGCUGGAAUUCUACUCUAAGGCCGAGAAAUACUGGAGGGACGUCCCGCCCACGGUGGACGGGAUGCUGGGUGGCUACGGGCACAUCUCGAGCAUCGACAUCAGCAGCUCCCGGAAGUUUCUGCUUCGGUUCCUGCGGGACGGACCGGCCAGAACCGGAACCAGCCGCGCACUGGACUGCGGGGCUGGCAUUGGCCGGAUCACCAAGCGCCUCCUGCUGCCCCUGUUCAAGGAAGUGGACCUGGUGGAUGUGACGGAGGACUUUCUGAGCAAGGCCAGGUCCUACCUGGGCGAAGAGGGCCGGCGUGUGAGGAACUUUUUCUGUUGCGGCUUGCAGGACUUCAGCCCCGAGCCCAGCGCUUACGACGUCAUCUGGAUCCAGUGGGUGAUAGGACACCUCACAGACGACCACCUCGCCAGCUUCCUGAAGAGGUGCCGGCUGGGGCUGCGGCCUCACGGGAUCAUCGUCAUCAAGGACAACAUGGCGCAGGAGGGGGUCAUCAUGGAUGACGUGGACAGCAGCGUCUGCCGGGACCUGGACGUCGUCCGCAAGAUCAUCCGGCAUGCCGGCCUCCAUCUCCUUGCCCAGGAGAAGCAAGAGAACUUCCCGGACGAGAUCUACCACGUCUACACGCUGGCCAUGAGAUGAGCCCUGGAGCCCGGGGGGAUGGCUCUCUCGGAGGCGUCGCCGGGCCGGCUCCGGGGAUGGAGGGCCAGGGCGGAGCGAGCCAAGGAGACGGUGCAGAAACCGGAGGGCAUUGCGGGGAUCAUGGUGCAGAUCCGCGGUCUGGGGCAGGGGAAGUAAACGCGAGCCGUGCCUGGCCUCCCGAGCUGCUGCUGUCGUGUUUCUUGUCAGAGGAAAACCCACCAAAUACACUUUGUAUGUUUGCAGGG